GUAGCAGCUGGAGAGAGGGUGGCCAAGUACCUUGGCCAAACAGCAACUGUUGGACUGCAAUACUCCGCGGCGGCACAAAGGCGUCAAAAGGGUGCGGAUGGAGCCGAACCCGGGAGACUCUUUCUCACCGCCUUCUCUGAUGCAUCUUGGGCAUCAGAACCAGAGGACAUGACAAGUGUUGGAGGCUUCAUCUGCUGUGUUGGUGGAGGGCCAACAGCUUGGGAGAGCAAGAAGCAAGUGGACCAAGCAUUGAGCUCAGUGGAGUCCGAGUACAUGGCACUCUUCCGUGCCAUAAGAGAGGUUGUGUGGCAGCGGCGUUUGCUAGCUGAAUUGGGGGAGGAGCAGCAAGGACCUACCCCACUCUAUUGUGAUAGCCAGGGUGCUAUUGCAUUGGCUAAGAACCCGGUUCUUCAUGGCCUUACCAAGCACAUGAAGGUGAAGUGGCAUUGGGUGAGGAGCAUGGUAACCGCGGGUGAAGUGGAGUUGCACUACGUGAAGACAACGGCGCAGCCUGCUGAUAUGAUGACCAAGAGGCUGGUUGAGCAGCAGCAUUGGAAGUGUUGCAAGCUUGCUGGGAUGGCUCUGAACUAAGGGGAGCAGAUUCUAAGGCCAACAAUCCGAGGGGGAGUUUGUUGGUGCAACCCUAUGGCUUCCACUCGGCUUGUCGUCCUUGUUUGUGUGUGUGCAUGCAUGGCAUGGAAUGAAUUUUGAGUCUAUGU